GGCGCGGCGGGGCCGGGUGGGCGCGAUGGACGAGACGAGCCCGCUGGUGUCGCCGGAGCGGGCGCAGGCCCCCGAUUACGGGCUGCCGGGGGGUGCCGUGCGUACCUUCCCACCCGCCGCCCCGCCGCCGCCGCCACCUUCUCCUCCCGGCUCCCCCGGCGGCCGCGACCGCGAGCGGCAGCCGCUGCUAGAGCGCGGGGCGCGGGGCCCGGCGGCGGCAGCAGCAGCGCAGGCCCAGGCGCAGGCCCAGGCGGCGGCACAGGCCCAGGCCCAAGCGGCGGCGGCGGCGCAGCGAGAGCGUAAUGACUUCCCGGAGGACCCCGAGUUCGCCGAGGUGGUGCGGCGGGCCGAGCUGGCCAGCGAGCGCGGCAUCUUCCCCGAGCGCAUCUCGCAGGGCUCCAGCGGCAGCUACUUCGUCAAGGACCCGCAGGGGAAAAUCAUUGGUGUCUUCAAGCCCAAGAAUGAGGAGCCUUAUGGGCAGCUAAACCCCAAGUGGACCAAGUGGCUGCAGAAGUUGUGUUGCCCAUGCUGCUUUGGGAGAGACUGCCUUGUCCUCAACCAGGGUUACCUGUCAGAGGCAGGUGCCAGCCUGGUGGACCAGAAACUGGAACUCAACAUUGUUCCCCGCACCAAGGUGGUGUAUCUGGCCAGUGAGACCUUUAACUACAGUGCCAUAGACAGGGUGAAGUCCCGAGGGAAGAGGCUGGCCCUGGAGAAGGUGCCGAAAGUCGGCCAGCGCUUCAACCGCAUUGGUCUGCCACCCAAGGUGGGCUCCUUCCAGCUCUUUGUGGAAGGCUACAAGGAUGCUGACUACUGGCUGCGGAGGUUUGAAGCUGAGCCACUGCCGGAGAACACUAACCGGCAGCUGCUGCUGCAGUUCGAGAGGCUGGUGGUGCUGGACUACAUCAUCAGGAACACAGAUCGAGGCAAUGACAACUGGCUCAUCAAGUAUGACUGCCCCUUGGACAGCGCAGGUGUGCGGGACAGCGACUGGGUGGUGGUAAAGGAGCCCAUCAUCAAGCUGGCUGCUAUAGACAACGGUUUGGCCUUUCCUUUGAAACACCCGGAUUCCUGGAGAGCAUAUCCAUUCUAUUGGGCAUGGCUGCCCCAGGCCAAAAUUCCCUUUUCACAGGAGAUCAAGGACCUGAUUCUUCCCAAGAUAUCAGACCCCAAUUUUGUCAAGGACCUGGAAGAAGAUCUGUAUGAACUCUUCAAGAAAGAUCCUGGCUUCGACAGGGGACAGUUUCACAAGCAGAUUGCUGUCAUGAGAGGACAGAUCCUGAACCUGACUCAGGCGCUGAAGGAUGGGAAGAGCCCCCUGCACCUGGUUCAGAUGCCACCUGUGAUUGUGGAAACGGCGCGUUCUCACCAGCGUGCUGCUAGCGAGUCCUACACCCAGAGCUUCCAGAGCCGGAAGCCUUUCUUCACGUGGUGGUAGCUGUGCGAGCUGUGGGCAGGGCUUGGCUGCCUUGGACUAGUACUGCAAGAGGAGCCAGGUCGCUGCUGGCUCCUGUGGCUGGGACUCGACCUUCUGGGUAGAGCGAGCAGGAGUGGCUGGAGGAACCUGCAGCUGAACUGGAGCAGCCAGGCAGGUCGGGCAUGGUCCUUCCCCAGCUCCGUUGGAGUUCAGUGCCCUGCCUGGGACAGAGCCCAGGGGGAGGUAUGGGAAGCCCUUAGGAACCAGGGUGUGGCAGGAACCCUGCCCCUGCCUUUCUUCCUCGGCCUGCAUGCAGUUCUGAGCACCCCUGCUUGGUGCUGGGAUGAGCAGGCUGCCCUGGCUUGGAUCCGUCCAGUCCUUCACACCAGUCACUGGCCCUUGCCCAUCAUGCCAGCUGCUGGGCUGGGAAAGCCUGUAACAGGUUAUACUCUGCCUCCUUCCCCAAGGAUGUGCUGUAUUCCUUCACUGUCCCUCCUCUGCCCCAACCCUGUGCACGCUGCUUUCCUCAGGGGGAGUUCCUGCUGCCCACUGGUGCAGUGGGGACCACAAUGAACGGCUGUUCUCUGGCUGGGGGCUUGAGUAGAGGACAUAAGAGGGGCAUCUCAUGGGGCUGGCUUGAGUGCAGUUGAACACUAAGGAAGCAGGGGCUGGUUGUCCUUGUGACACACAGGUGCCUCUGGGAGGGGCUGUAGCUUAGCAGCUCUGCCCCCUCAACUGGUGAGGGCCAAGGGUGGGUGUGAGUGCCCUCUGCCGACACAGUCCAUCCCUCCUGCCAGGUCUCCAUGGCUGCUCUUGCUUGGCUUUUGACCCUGCUUGUAGCAAGCUUCUCUGGCUGCUGUGCAGCCAGCAUGGUGGCAGCCUUGUCUGUGCCUAGGGCCCAUCAACAUGGCAGGGGGGCUGUCUGGGAAGGGCCAGAGGGGCUCUUGCUGCAUGAGUAGGAGGUAUGGUGGAAGCAGGGGAGGGCCAGCCUGAGUUCCUGGCUGUCCCGCUGCUGACAAUCCUGCAGGCCUCCUCUGAGUGGACAAGGCAGGGAGCCCCUCUCUCCCCAGAACAGAAGCUGCUGAGCUUGUGUCCUAUGAAAUGGUAGCAGGGCUGCUGCCUGCAUCUGCUUGCCUUGAGCUGCAGCUUCUCCUGCUGAUAGGGGAAGUCAGUGUUGGGUCUCACUGUCCUGUUAGCCUAUCUUUGAGGAAUUUGAGUCUGGGAGAGGAGAGUGUCUCCUUUAUCUCCUGUGUGGAGGAGGGGCUCAUCACUGGCUGUGCGAGCACAGGGAGGGCAGAGUGAGACCCCCAGCUCCCUGACCAGGCCCAGCUACAGCUCUGACUCAAAAUGUAUUGUUCUAAUGCACUGUAGAAAUGUAUGUAAUGUAUUUAAACCAUGCAACCGUCUGAGUAACAGAGCUGCCCUUCAUC